GAGAUGCCCGAGCUGCUCGCAAUCAGUCGGACAGCGGUGCAGCGGUGCAGCGGUGCAGCUGAGAGGGUGCAGGGAGUGGGUUUCGAUGUUGGAUGCGCUGCUUGGGGAAGGCAUUCAUGAAAGAAUACGGUACAGAGUAACAGCGUAAGUUUCAAGGGUCGGGGAACUCCGCUUCUCUGCCACAAGCUGAGAGAUGGCGUCUCUCCAACACCUGGUUCACUCCAAGAACGUGCGUGGUCAGGAGAUGGAAGGCGUGCGAACUGUGCGCUAUCCGAGAAACGGCGGCGCAAAAGUAUCGGGGAGGUUGUUGCUCGAGUUCAGGGGGUUGAGAAAAAGAUGCAUGGGUGCGCCGUGACUUGAUAGGAGAAGCAGGUCGUAACAGUCCGUAAAGCGGGUACACAGCAUGGUUUCUGGGGUUGGGUUUCGC